CCAUUACCUAAUAUUUCAUUUCACUUUUCAUCUCCUCCCUCCCCAACUCCUCUUUCUUCUUCAUAUUGUUCGAUUGAUAGUUUAAGAGUACUUACAAAUCCAAAAUUUUACAGAACCCUCUCUCUUACAGUGCUUCAAAUGGAGGAUAAUUUGCAGGAGCAAAACAAGCUGCCAGAGCUAAAACUUGAUGCCAAGCAAGCUCAAGGGUUUAUUUCAUUCUUCAAAACCCUACCAAAUGACCCAAGGGCUGUUCGAUUAUUUGAUCGUCGGGAUUACUACACUGCCCACGGAGAUAAUGCGAUGUUCAUUGCCAAGACAUACUAUCAUACGACUACUGCUAUGCGGCAGCUGGGUACUGGCUCUAAUGGUAUUUCUAGUGUGAGUGUCAGUAAAAAUAUGUUUGAAACCAUUGCCCGUGAUCUCCUGCUGGAGAGAACAGACCAUACUUUGGAGCUCUAUGAGGGUAGUGGGUCGAACUGGAGGUUGACAAAGAGUGGAACACCAGGAAACCUUGGUAGUUUUGAAGAUAUCUUGUUUGCCAACAAUGAAAUGCAGGACUCUCCUGUGAUUGUUGCACUAUGCCCAAACUUCCGUGAAAAUGAGUGCAUUGUUGGAAUGGGCUAUUUGGACCUAACUAAGAGGAUACUUGGGUUGGCAGAAUUUAUUGAUGAUAGCCAAUUAACAAAUGUUGAGUCAGCUUUGGUGGCUCUUGGUUGCAAAGAGUGUCUCCUGCCAAUUGAGGGAGGAAAGUCCAUCCAGAGCAAAACUCUGCUUGAUGCAUUGUCUAGAUGCGGCGUGCUUCUGACUGAGAGAAAGAAAACGGAAUUUAAGUCAAGAGAUUUGGUGCAGGAUCUUGGUCGACUUGUCAAAGGUUCUAUUGAACCAGUUCGUGAUUUGCUUUCCAGCUUUGAAUAUGCUUCCUGGGCUCUGGGGGCAUUACUUUCUUAUGCAGAAUUACUAGCGGAUGAGAGCAACUAUGGGAAUUACACCAUCCGGCGUUAUAACCUUGACAGUUUCAUGAGGUUAGAUUCUGCUGCUAUGAGAGCAUUAAAUGUUCUGGAAAGCAAAACAGAUGCAAACAAAAAUUUUAGCCUGUUUGGUCUUAUGAAUAGAACCUGUACUGCUGGCAUGGGAAAACGACUACUAAACAGGUGGUUGAAACAACCUCUAUUAGAUGUGAAUGAGAUCAAUUGUAGGCUGGAUUUGGUCCAUACAUUUGUGGAGGAUACUGCUCUUCGUCAGGAUCUUAGGCAGCAUCUAAAAAGAAUUUCAGAUAUAGAGCGCCUGAUGCAUACUCUUGAAAAGAAAAGGGCUAGUCUGCAACACAUAGUAAAACUUUAUCAGUCUAGUAUCCGGCUUCCUUACAUCAAAAGUGCCCUGGAGCGUUAUGAUGGGCAAUAUUUAACAUUGAUUAAGGACAGGUAUCUGGAUCCCCUUGAGUACUGGACCGAUGAUGAUCACUUGAACAAGUUUGUUGGUCUUGUUGAAGCUUCUGUUGACCUGGACCAGCUUGAGAAUGGGGAGUACAUGAUAUCUUCUAGUUAUGACCCAAAACUAUCAGCACUGAAGGAUGAGCGAGAUGCAGUUGAGAAGCAGAUACAGAAUUUACAUAAACAAAUUGCCAAUGACCUUGAUCUUCCUAUAGACAAGGCACUGAAGUUAGACAAAGGCACACAAUUUGGACAUGUCUUUAGAAUCACAAAAAAAGAGGAGCCAAAAGUUAGGAAGAAGCUUACUACUCAUUUUAUUGUCCUUGAAACUCGGAAGGAUGGGGUCAAGUUUACAAACACAAAGCUUAAAAAGUUAGGGGAUCAGUAUCUGAAACUAUUUGAGGAGUAUACUAGUUGUCAAAAAGAGCUGGUUGUUCGAGUAGUUCAAACUGCAGCAAGUUUCCAUGAGGUCUUCGAGUCUUUAGCUGGGAUUCUUUCAGAACUGGAUGUAUUGCUUAGUUUUUCUGAUCUGGCUACUAGUUGUCCUACUCCGUACACCCGACCAGACAUCACUCCUUCUGAUGAUGGGGAUAUUAUACUUGAAGGAAGUAGGCAUCCUUGUGUGGAGGCUCAAGAUGGGGUGAAUUUUAUACCAAAUGAUUGUAGACUUGUAAGGGGAAAGAGUUGGUUCCAGAUUAUAACAGGACCAAACAUGGGUGGAAAAUCAACAUUCAUCCGACAGGUUGGUGUGAACAUCCUGAUGGCACAAGUUGGUUCUUUCGUUCCUUGUGACAAAGCAAGCAUUAGUGUUCGUGAUUGUAUUUUUGCUCGUGUAGGUGCGGGAGAUUGCCAAUUGCGUGGGGUCUCUACUUUCAUGCAAGAAAUGCUCGAGACUGCAUCAAUAUUAAAAGGAGCGACUGAUAAGUCUCUUGUAAUUAUUGACGAGUUAGGCCGUGGGACAUCAACUUAUGAUGGAUUUGGUUUGGCUUGGGCUAUAUGUGAGCAUCUUGUAGAGGUCACCCGAGCACCAACUUUGUUUGCAACACAUUUUCAUGAAUUGACUGCAUUAGCUCAUGAUAAUAGUGAUCAUGAGCCUCAUAGGCAGUCCUUACUUGGUGUGGAAAAUUAUCAUGUCAGUGCACAUAUUGAUUCAUCAAGUCACAAACUGACGAUGCUUUACAAGGUUGAACCAGGGGCUUGUGAUCAAAGUUUUGGUAUUCAUGUUGCAGAGUUUGCAAACUUCCCUGAGAGUGUUGUUUCCCUUGCUAGAGAAAAGGCUGCGGAGUUGGAAAAUUUUUCACCAGCUUCAGUCAUUUCAAAUGACACAAGGGAAGAGGUUGGGUGUAAACGCAAGCGUGUAUGUGGUCCUGAUGAAAUGUCAAGUGGUGUUGUUAGGGCAAACAAGUUUUUGCAGGACUUUUCUGCAUUGCCAUUAGAGAAGAUGGACUUGAAGCAGGCCCUGCAACAAGUGAACAAAUUGAGAAGUGAUUUGGAGAAAGAUGCAGAAGAUUGUCGCUGGCUCCAGCAAUUUUUCUAGUCCCUAGACAUGCAUCUUUGUCUGUUGGAUGUUUAUGAGGGUUAAGUAUAAUGCAACAGAUCUAUUCAGUGAGGUAAGACUUCCAUUUGGUGCAUUCUUCCUUGUCUAUUUUUUGAGGAAGACUUACACCUAACUUCCGGCGAUGGCUUUGGCUGGCACAGGGAUUUGUGGGAUGACAAAUGGGAGUCAGGAUUGAGGCUGACACCCUGUAUUUUAUUGAUCAAUGUCUGAAACAGAAAAACCAACUAUAAUCAGAAUCUACCCCUGCUGAGUUGCAUUUCUUGUUUGUUUUCUACUGUAUGUCCUUGUAUUGGGCAAGAGCCAAUGGGCGAACAUAUGCUUGCAUACAGAAGCCCCCAUAUUUUGUGUAUAAUUAAUUGCAAAAGGACUUUGUUCAUUGUCAUCAAAACAAAGUUAAGGAUAACAAUGUAAAGGCUAAGUUUUGAAU